AUGGCAUCAGACAAUGGUACUAAUUUUGUUGGCGCCGAGAAGGAGCUCCGCAUCGCAUUUCAACGGUGCAUCUCAGAUGACAAACUUCAAUCUUUCUUUGCGGAUUCAAAUAUUGAAUGGCGUUUUAAUCCACCGGCCGCACCUCAUAUGGGAGGGUAUUGGGAAGCAGGCGUAAAACGUAUUAAGUAUCAUCUGAAACGCGUGCUGGGCGAAACGUUGCUGUCAUACGAAGAGUUUAACACCGUGCUGACAGACGUAGAAGCCUGCGUAAACUCCCGCCCGCUAUGUGACAUUUCUUCAGAUGCUGGUGACCUAGAAGUCCUUACUCCUGGGCAUUUCAUUGUGGGUGAACCGCUGAAGUCAAUCCCAGAACCUGAGGGUCAAGG